CCUUCUCCAAUCUCCAUGACUCCAUCCAUCUUCUCUGUUGUCUAAAGUCUCCACAAACCCUAAUUCUUGUAAAUUGCAAGGUGGAAAAGUUAAGAUGAAGUUUCAAAGAAUCGAUUAUAUUUUCAAGAGGAAGGCCGUUGAUAUUCAAAAAGAUGAAGUUAUAAUUUCUUCAUCCGAACCUGAACAAGUUCAUGAGAAUCCAAGAAUCGAAGAAAAUGAGUCCCGUCCUUCAAAGAUUAAUAGAGUUGAUCCGGAUGACAUUGAAAAUUCUUUAGAAAGGGAUCCAGGAAAACGUAUUCCAAUUUACCAAUAUCCACCAAAUCAAAAGGAUGCAAUACGAAGAGCCUAUCUAAAAUGGGGUCCUUAUCAAUCAAACUUAGAAAACUAUCCCAUGUCCGGUAUCGGGAAAGCACAAAGGAGGUUUCAACACAGUUGGUUUAGCUUGUUUUCUUCGUGGCUAGAAUAUUCGCCGUCGGAAGAUGCUGCCUAUUGCUUACAAUGUUAUCUAUUUAGCAACAAACCAAGUGGACGUCCCGGAUCAGAAGUAUUCAUUUCUACUGGCUUUAGAAGUUGGAGGAAAGUUAGGAAUGGAGAGAAUUGUUCCUUUCUUAAACAUAUAGGGAAGGAUCCUCGCUCACCACACAACAAUGCAAUGAAAGCUUGCCAAGAUUUCUUGAAUCAAGAUGGGCAUCUUAGGAAUGUUAUUGAAGUGCAAAGUUCGAGUCAAAUUCUGAAUAAUCGACUAUGUCUCAAGACUUCAAUUGACACUGUUCGUUGGUUAACAAUUCAAGCUUGUGCUUUUAGGGGUCACCGUGAAGGAAACAAAUCGAGAAAUCAAGAAAAAUGCAAUUAUACUUCACAUCAAAUCCAAAAAGAGAUAUUGCAAAUUCUUUCUAGUAGGGUGAGAAAACAUAUUUGUGAAGAAAUUGGUGAUUCUAAAUUUUGUAUCAUCGUUGAUGAAGCUCGUGAUGAGUCAAAAAAGGAACAAAUGGCUCUUGUGUUAAGGUUUGUUGAUAAAGCUGGUUUGAUACAAGAGAGAUUUUUUGAUGUGGCACGUGUUAAUGACACUGCUUCCGUAACUCUUAAGGAAGCAGUAUGUGGUAUACUUUCUCGACAUAACCUUGAUGUUUCUAACAUUCGUGGUCAAGGGUAUGACGGUGCUAGCAAUAUGAGAGGAGAAUGGAAUGGUUUACAAGCACUUUUUAUGAAAGAUUGUCCUUAUGCUUACUAUGUCCACUGUUUUGCUCAUCGGUUGCAACUUGCUUUAGUUACUGCAUCAAGAGAAGUUGCAUCAAUUCAUAAAUUCUUUAAGAAGCUGACUUUUGUUGUCAAUGUUGUUGGUUCUUCUACUAAGCGCCAUGAUGAGUUACAAGCUGCCCAAGCAAAAGAAAUCGAAAAUUUGUUAGAGACUGGGGAGAUUGUAACUGGUAAAGGUAAAAACCAAGUUGGUACUGUGAAAAGAGCUGGAGAUACUCGUUGGGGAUCACAUUUCAACUCUAUUUGUAGCUUGAUAAGUAUGUAUGAAGCAACUUGUACAGUUUUGAAAAUCAUUGCAAAAGAUGCAAAAAAAUUUGCCCAACGUGCGGAUGCUGAUAGUUCUUACAAUCACCUAAAGUCUUUUGAUUUUAUAUUUAUCUUGCAUUUGAUGAAAGAAAUUAUGGGGACAACAGAUUUGCUUUGUCAAGCCUUGCAAAAACAAUCUCAGGAUGUUGUUAACGCUGUAAUUUUGGUUCGUUCAACAAAAGCUCUUAUUCAAGAUUUGAGAGAAAAUGGUUGGGAUAAGUUGUUUGCCAAUGUCGUGUCUUUUUGUGAAAAACAUGAUAUUGAGGUUCCUGACCUCAAUGAUUGUCAUUCAACAACAAGAUUUGGGCGUUCUCGCCUUGAAGAGAAUCAGGUAACAAUAGAACAUUAUUUCAGAGUUGAAUUUUUUUUUACUACCAUUGACAAACAAUUGCAAGAGUUGAAUAGCAGAUUUAGUGAGCAAGCAAUGGAUUUGUUGACUUUAAGUUGUGCUUUGUCUCCGGAGGAUGGAUAUAAAGCUUUUGACAUUAACACUAUAUGUACUCUUGUUGAAAAAUAUUAUCCCAUGGAUUUUAGUGACCAGGAGAAGAUUAAUUUGCCAUUUCAUCUUAAACAUUUCCUUUUUGAGGCUCGUGAAUCAUCAACUUUGAAAAAUUUAUCAACUAUUCAAGAAUUAUGCUCAAGUUUGGCUGCUGCCGUUCCUGCCAAUGGACAACCCAAAAAACACUUGUUGCUUGAUAGGUUGUUGCGUCUUGUUAUGACUCUUCCGGUUUCUACAGCCACAACUGAAAGAUCUUUUUCAGCAAUGAAAAUUAUUAAAUCUAAGUUGAGAAACAAGAUGGAACAUGGGUUUUUAGCAAAUAGCAUGUCAGUUUACAUUGAAAGGGAUAUUAGUGAGUGUAUUAGUUCUGAAUCAAUUAUUGAUGAUUUCAAGUCACUCCGAAAGUGUAAAGUGCGUCUUUAG